GGAAUCAUGUUUAGUGGGCGUCAGAUGGCAACUGCGAACGUUAGUUCAGUUCGUCUGUCUUCUUUGCCCCCCCUGUCGUUCUGAAUUGAUACGAAUCUCUGUAAACACGAGUGUUUCAACUUUUGCUUUCGCGAAGCUUCACCCAGUCGAUCACGAAUUGAGCCGCAUCACACACAAGUGCUUCUGCAUGCCCAAUGGCGACCCCUGGGAUACCCAAGCCGAGUCCUAGUGUGUUGACCGACCACUCCGGCGAGGCCAUUAUUCCUACCAUUGUACCGCCGCAGACAGAGUUUCCAAGCCCACGACACGACGAUAGCCAUUCACGUUCCGUCUACCACACUCCUGCCACUGCUCCGCUGAAGAGCGAUGAGCAGAAUGGAUACUUCGAAGAACAACCACAGCAAAGUAAUGGCCUCGAUCGCGACAUCGAGAGAACAGACUACGCAGAGACGCCAGCCAAGGAACCGCGACCAACCAACACCCAAUCACUACCAGCUGGGAACCGUCCCAGCCUCGAGAGGUCAUGGCAGACCGAAAGACCGAAGGCCAUGCCACGGAGUGCAACCAUUAUGAAUGCUUUGCAGAGGUCAACAUCCCACACCCAAAACACAAAACAUACCGAUGACGAGACCGAACCUUCGUCAUCUUCCUCUUCUUCUUCGGAAAGCGAACCUACAUCACACAAGAAUGUGAGCAAACAAAAAAGGCGGGAGAUGGAAAGAGAGCAAUCAUACUCGAAGUUUGAUGUCGGCAAUGAUCAAUACCAAGCGAAAGGUAAGGUCUCGAAGCGCGAUGGUAGACUGAAUAUUUCGGUCAGCGAGACUGCGAACAAUGGUUACAUUGCGAAAACUCUGGGCCAGACAAUCGAGAAUCACCUGGGGAUACCGCACAAGCAUCCUUCUAGGGACGAGCGAGACUCCGACUCCAGCUCUGAAGACCAUCACAUCAAGGCCGACGACAAUUCGGAAGAUGAAUUUUCAGAUGACGCCGCUUCUGUUGCGUCCUCUGUGCAUGAAACUAUGAAGAGGCCUCGCUUGAAUAUCGUCAUCAUGGUCAUCGGCAGUCGUGGUGAUAUCCAACCGUUCCUCCAAAUUGCUCGUGUUCUCAAACGCUAUGGACACCGAGUGCGAAUUGCCACACAUCCAGCUUUCAAGGAGUUUAUUGAGAAAGACGUUGGCCUCGAAUUUUUCAGCAUCGGAGGUGAUCCAUCCGAACUCAUGGCCUUCAUGGUCAAAAAUCCAGGCCUCAUCCCUAGCCUGGAGACCGUGAGGCAGGGCGAAAUUGCUCGACGUAGGAAAGGAAUGGCUGAAAUCUUUGAGGGACUCUGGCGUGCCUGCAUCAACGCUACAGAUGAUGAGCAUGACAAAGCCAACAUGAAGAUGUUGGGAACAAAAGCACCAUUUGUCGCAGACGCUAUUAUCGCUAACCCGCCUUCAUUUGCCCAUGUUCACAUCGCCGAACGUCUUGGUAUACCAUUACAUGUCAUGUUUACAUUCCCUUACUCGCCAACGCAGUCAUUCCCUCAUCCUCUAGCCAACAUCAGCCCACAGAAGAGCAACACAAGUGUGGAGUAUGUCAACUUCAUGAGUUACCCUCUGGUAGAGAUGAUGACAUGGCAAGGUCUUGGUGACCUUGUGAACAAGUUCCGUGUCAAAACUCUCGGGCUAGAGCCUGUGAGUAGUCUGUGGGCACCCGGUGCGCUUUAUCGCAUGAAGGUACCUUAUACUUAUCUUUGGAGUCCUGGUCUCGUUCCGAAGCCGAAGGAUUGGGGUCCGGAGAUCGAUAUUGCUGGCUACGUCUUUCUCGAUCUUGCCAGCAAUUACGACCCACCCAAAGAACUCACAGACUUCCUGGAUGCAGGAGAAGCCCCAAUCUACAUUGGGUUCGGAUCCAUCGUCGUUGAUGAUCCUGAUUCGUUCACCCAAAUGAUCUUUGAUGCGGUCAAGAUGGCAGGAGUCAGAGCGCUAGUGUCCAAGGGAUGGGGUGGCUUGGGAGGCGACAACACACCUGACAACAUUUUCAUGUUAGAGAACACGCCACACGAUUGGUUGUUCCCUCGGGUCAAGGCUGUUGUACACCACGGAGGCGCAGGAACUGCAGCUGCCGGCUUGAGAGCAGGCAAGCCGACUAUGAUAGUGCCCUUCUUUGGAGACCAGCCAUUCUGGGGCGCAAUGGUUUCCAAGGCAAAGGCCGGUGCACACGAGUCCAUUCCUUACAAGAAGCUGGACGCAGAAAUGCUUGCAGAGGGUAUCAAGCAAUGUCUCACCGACGAAGCGCGUAAGAAUGCAGAAGGCAUUGCCGAGAGCAUUGCUGCCGAGGGUGACGGUGCAGAAAACGCGGUCAAAAGCUUUCAUCGCAGUCUACCAUUCGCCGGAAGACGCAGUAUGAGAUGCUCCAUCCUGGAAGACAGGGUUGCUGUGUGGAAACUAAAAUCCUCGAAUCUCAGGUUGAGCGCACUGGCAGCGGAUAUCCUGGUCGAACAAAAGAAACUGUCCUGGAAGGAAUUGCGCCUUCUACGACACUACGAGUGGAACGAUUUCGAUGGCCCUGGAGAGCCUAUUUCCGGAGCAGGCGGCGCACUACUGAAGACUGGCACCGGAAUCGCAAGAGGAGUCGGUAUGGUGCCUACUAGCGUGGCAAAGAAUCUCAAGAAAAGAGAUGAACGCGAAAAGAAAAAGCGAGAAAGAGCAGAGAAGAAGGAACAGAAGAGGUUGUUGAAGGAAGCCGCCAAAGGAAAGACUGGUGUGGAAGGAAAGCAAGAUCCGCAACGACCACAAGCUCCAACACAUACCUCCACGAAUAGCACUAUUGGAUCUGUCCAGUCAGCUGAAGAAGAACCUCUUGCUCAAGAGCUAGCCGAAGAAUUUGGCGAUGCCUUUUUGGAAUCCGGUGGCGCUCUCGCUAGUCUGCCAUUGGAUCUUGGUCUAGCCAUCGGUCAAGGUUUCCAUAACGCACCUCGACUAUAUGGAGAUGCGUCCGUUCGUAAGCCCACUCGCAUCACUGGUAUGCAUUCAGGGUCCAAGGCUGCCGGAAAAGAACUGAUGUAUGGCAUCUACGACGGGUGGACCGGUCUAGUAACCCAGCCUAUGCAUGGCUGGCAAGAUGCAAAGAGCAAGCAUGGCAAAUUCACAGGCCUGGGUAUUGGUUGUGCCAGGGGUGUUGGUGGAUUCAUUCUGAAGGAUAUCUCUGCCAUUAUCACACCGCCUUUUCUGCUUGCUCAGGGAGUGCGAAAGGAGAUCACCAAACGCAUCGGCGGCCCUGGAACGACUUCCUUCAUCCGCAGAGCCCACAUCAUCCAAGGGCAAAAGGACAUGCAGGCCUUGCGUGAGUCUGAUGCAAAGAACAAGGGCAGUGACUCGACGAAAACCGAGAGAAUGGUCAAUGAAGGCUGGAAGGUCAUGAAUGAGGCCUGGGACUUGAAGAAGAAGCAUGCACAUCACAACGGGGGUAGAAUCCGUGGCAGACUGAGCGUCUCACGAGAGGAGAGGAAGUGGGCGGACAAUGGAGCGCUUGAGAAUGUCAGUGCGACCAGGCGAGCGAUCGAAGCCGAGAAAGAAGGAAAGGAUAUAGACAAGGUCUUCUCCCAACGACGCAAGGAGAUGCACAUUGCCGAGCAACCGAGAGCAAGCGCCAUGGAUCAGCCGAAUGACUACGAGACCUCAGAUGCCAUUGCACCCAACGGCCAGACCAAAAUUCAUGGACGCAAGUCGAUGCAUCGCCAGUCCAUGCACGGCAACCGCCAGCAGGAAGGAGGAAAUGAGGCAGGUCCGAACAACACAGGCGCAAUUGACGCGAGCGGUGAAUGUGAAGGCACAAGAGCUCAAGCAGAGAACAACAGUCUCGGCAGCGACACGGCCGUCGAAUCACCAGAGGACGACAAGGCUAGUGGGAAUAUCGGAGGUGAAGGUGUUGACCGUAUGCAAGACGCUGUGAAGGACAUUGAAGGUGGAUGGGGACCUAACGCAGAUCGUCAGCACACGCCUAAGCAUGCGAUGGCAGGAUAAUGGUAUUUUAUGUUAUUGGCAUUGAAGAUUGAGCAAGGUGUUGGGGGUAUUGAUUUGCGUUAUGGUAAUGCUCAACAACGAUAGCGUAUACAAGAUUAGCAACAGCGCCUUCUUCCUUUUGUACCAUUAGC